UGCGCAGAGCGGUACCGGCCCUGUCAGGAGGAGGAGGCGGGGGAGGAGGAGGAGGCGGCCAUGGCGCUGAACAGGAACCACUCGGAGGGCGGCGGCGUCAUCGUGAACAACAGCGAGAAUGUUUUGAUGACCUAUGAUCACAUAGAAAUUACCUUCAGUGACAUUGAACCUAUGCAAGAUGCCUUCAAAGGGACCAAGAAAGGGAGUGUUUUCUUGACUCCCUACCGAGUUAUCUUUGUAUCAAAGGGAAAGGAUGCUAUGCAAUCUUUUGUGAUGCCCUUUUAUUUGUUGAAAGAUUGUGAGAUUAAGCAACCUGUCUUUGGAGCAAAUUAUAUCAAGGGUACAGUGAAAGCAGAGGCAGGAGGUGGCUGGGAAGGAUCUGCCACAUUCAAGAUGUCCUUUUUAGCUGGGGGUGCCAUCGAGUUUGGGCAGCGCAUGCUGCAGGUGGCAUCACAAGUCUCCAGAGGUGAAAUACCCAACGGAGCUUAUGGCUAUUCCUAUAUGCCAAAUGGAUCCUAUGCUUAUGUACCAGCUGCAGCUAAUGGGGGCUUUCCAUACCCACCACCUCCUCCUGAGUUUUACCCUGGCCCUCCAGGGGCGGGUGGGGACAUGGGUUACAUGCAGCUUCCACCACCCCCAUACCCAGGGCCCAUGGAACCCCCUGCCAGUGGUCCUGACCUGCCUGCCACUCCUGCAGCUGAAGCAAAGGCUGCUGAAGCUGCUGCCAGUGCUUACUACAGCCCAGUCAACCCACACAAUGUCUAUAUGCCCACAGACCAGCCACCCCCUCCUCCAUACUUCCCACCAGAGGACAAGAAAAACCAAUAAGCUAACAGAGAACUUCCCGCAACUCAUUGCUUUCUUACUUCCCAUUUUUGGCAGAAUUUUGGGGUACGGUCCAUAGCACUGAGGAAUAGAGCCUUCCCCCGAGGCACAUAGCUUUCCUGGACUCUAGGGGCAGGUGUAUGCAGAGCAAGGGGAGAGAUUUCAGCAGUUUGGGUGACCUCUGGAGAACUCUUGAGGAUUCACUGUCCUCCCACAGUUUUCCCUCCUCCUUGUGCAUGGCAUUGCUACAACUGAGGGUCUCUUCAUCUGUGAUUGGUUCCCUGACAUCUGUUUUAAAAUUAUACCUCCUUAGAGUAAGCAGCUACUCCAGACCAGUAAUUAAUGUAAUCAUAACAUGGAGACAAGGCUUUUGGGUGGGGGGGGUGUCUCGAAUUUACCUUAGUGUGCAGCCAAGAGCAUCACUGAACACAGCAAUGUCUCUGGUUAUUCCUCUCAACCCACAGUAUCACGUCCAGCUUUUCCCUCUGCCACUGAGAAAGGGCUUCAAAGGGAACCUCUGUGGUCUCAAAAGAAAUAGUUGCCUACGACAUUUCUCAGAUAAUAGCUGUUGAGCUUUCUUAAUUUUAUUCACCUAAGUCAUUCCUGACAUUCAUAGCAAACAGUCUGGUAGCUCUUCAUAUGUUCCUGCUGUGCACUCCAUGUGAUGAUGCGGAGGAGCUUCCUUGAUUACUAGCAUCCAACUAGUUACAGAUCAUAUGGGAACACUGAUUUUUGUUGUCUCUUUUUUCCAGUUUGAUAUGUGGGCUUGAGGUCACUAAGUCCCAAUAUUGUCAUUAUGAUGCACUUUUUUCUUUUAAUUUGCUGUAAUACAAGUUACACUUUCUGACCAAUGAAGUAUCUUACUGCUGUGCUUAACCAGUGAAUUAAUAGCUAAUGGGGAGAAAGUAGUUGCUUUACUUCUGUCCUGGAAGCACUUGAGAGAAUAUACAAGAUGUUGGAAUAAGCUAUUGAGUACAACUGAGCUGCUGACUUGAAUGUUGUUUAAUGCUGUUGGAGUUCCUGGAAUUCAGCUGUGAAUUUACUUCCCAAGUAACUUGAACAUGAUUGGAACUGAGGGUCCAUUUUCCUUGCAUAGCAUUUAAUCACUGAUCUCAUUAGCAAUGACUCCAGUUUGCAGAACCUCUGCAGGAAUGAUCAGAAUCCAGGCUGUAAAACUUUGUGUUGUACAAAGCUUUGCACACAUCAGAUUUCCCUGACUUCUGACAGUGCCUGGGAGAGGGGAAACUCCUUCUCAGCAAGUGUGAAGCAAAAUCGUGUGCUAGGAAAGUGCUGAGACUUGCUGCAUGCAGCCUGCUUGGAGUGAAAAAAGGUCCACCUCUUGUUUUCUUUUUUUUGAAUCUAGCUGACUAAUCAAACUGCUACUGUCUGUGCACUGACUUUUCUAGAAUUGCUACUGCAGUGAUGUAAAGAAAUGUUAUUUUAAAAAAAAUAUUUAUUUUGAAAUGUUUGAUUAAUAUAUUAAUGUGAAAUGACUUUUGAAUGCAGAUUUGUUUUGCCAAGACUGUGAAGUAAAGAGAAAUCAGCUCAAAA